UUCAAUAAGUUAGAAUGAACAUUGCCAAAGCACUCCCAAUUUUAAUUUUUUGUUCCAAAAUUUGCUAGAAACUAUGCCGUAUAAAGAAAUGUUCUUCCACUUCUAUAAAAUAAAAUAUUUUUCCAAGAAAAGAUUCUCUUAUAAUUUUGAACUUCAACCAACAGCAACCUAAUGGAAAAUUCUACUAUGCAUAGUGCAGUUCUCUACCUUCUUCUCGUUCUCAAUCCCCUUCUUUCAACCAUUGCAAUCCAAAACAGGUCGCCUUACACCCCUACGGAUCGAAUACUCCUAAAUAGCGGUGCACCAGAUGGAGAACAGUCAAUGGAUGGCCGGAACUGGGAGAGUGAUGCCGAUCAGCAGUCCAAAUACUGUCCUAUGAACUCUGAAACCUCUGCACUUCUAAAGCCUCCCAAAGCUUCUAAAGCCUCCCAACAAGAUCCUUCUGUUACUCAGGUACCCUACAUGACUGCUCGAAUCAUUCGCUCUAAAUACACUUGCAUGUUUCCUGUCUCAAUGGGACCCAAGUUUAUCCGUCUUUACUUCUAUCCAAAUAGCUACUCAGGCCUCGACACAUCAACCUCCUUCUUCUCCGUCACGGCUAAUGGUUACACCCUUUUAAGUAACUUCAGUGCACAUUUAACUGUUUCUGCAAUGCAACCACCAGUUGCAUACUUGGUCAAGGAAUUUAUUAUCACUGUGCGGGAUAACCAAGGAGUUAUCAACUUAACUUUUACUCAGUCUCCAAAUUCUUUUGCUUUCAUUAAUGGCAUAGAAAUAGUUUCCAUGCCAACCAAUCUGUACACUAAAGAUAACGACUCUCCUUAUUCCUUUGUAAACGACAACAAUGUCCCCUUCUACUACUUCGACAACACCACCUCUCUUGAAACUGUUUAUCGGCUAAACAUUGGUGGUCCAAAUAUUGAGAAUGUAAACGAUACAGGAAUUUUUCGAACAUGGUCCAAUGAUUUGCUUCAUAUUUUUGGUGGUCUUGGAUAUGUGCAUCUGUGGCGCGAUGACGUCACAGUAAAAUACAGUAAGGAUACACCUACGUAUGUUGCACCGGAGGCUGUAUACAUUACCAAACGUACGAUGGGUGCAAAUUCUGUGGUAAACCAGAAUUCCAAUCUCACGUGGCUCUUUUUGGUUGAUUCUGGCUUCAAUUAUCUUCUCCGGCUCCAUUUUUGUGAAACUGAAAAAGAGAUCACUCGUGAAGGUCAAAGAGUGUUCCAUAUUUAUAAAAUAUUUAUAAAUAACAUGACAGCUGAAGCAGAAGCAGAUGUGAUCCACUGGAGUGGGGGUAAUAGCAUUCCAGUCUACAAAGAUUACGUGAUUGGGGUCCCAGGAGGAGGAAGCCAAAGCAACCAGGACUUAUGGCUCGCUUUACACCCCACUGCCGAUCAUUCAACUUAUGCUGAUGUAAUCUUGAAUGUUCUAGAGAUAUUCAAGCUGAACAACUCAGACGGUAAUCUUGCUGGAUCCAACCCUGAACCGCUAAUGGUGGUUCCUCCAUCAUCACAACAACAAUCAAGCUUACAGGAGAUAACAAAGAGUAAAGGGUCAUCUGUUGUAGUUAUUGUUGGGGUUGUGAUAGUAUUUGGUGGUGUAUUAUUUCUUGCUUUUAUCAUUUGUUUCUUUGUUUUUAAUCAGAGGAGGAGAGGAAAGAAGGACUCGAUUAUUACCAAGGCCAAAUCCUUUCGAGUCCCUUUUCCUCACACUUCAAGAUCCACGACCAGAAAUUCUGCUCCAAAUCCUUCUAAUCAAUUCCGUCGGUUCUCAAUUUUCGAAAUUGAAGUAGCCACAUCCAAAUUCGACGACGAAUUCGUUAUUGGCUCCGGUGGAUUUGGAAAUGUCUACAAAGGAUCCAUCGAUGAUGGCGCCUUUACUGUCGCAAUCAAGCGAUUACAUUCAUCAUCAAAACAGGGAGCUCGCGAGUUCAAAACAGAAAUCCAGAUGCUUUCCAAGCUCCGUCACACGCAUCUCGUGUCUCUAAUAGGAUACUGUGAUGAUCCAGGCGAGAUGAUUCUAGUAUACGAGUUCAUGCACCGCGGGACUCUCCGUGAUCAUCUCUACAAAACCAAAAACCCUCCUCUUCCAUGGAAGCAAAGACUACAGAUCCGCAUCGGAGCUGCACAUGGACUGCAUCAUCUCCAUACAGGUGCGAAACACCCGAUCAUUCACCGCGACGUCAAGUCAACGAACAUACUGAUGGAUGAGAACUGGGUGGCUAAAGUUUCUGACUUUGGCUUGUCAAGAAUGGGUCCCACUAGCCAGUCCCAAACGCACGUCAGCACUGUUGUCAGGGGUAGUAUUGUCAGGGGUAGUAUUGGGUAUGUAGGUCCAGAAUAUUAUCGUAGGCAACACCUCACUGAAAAAUCUGACGUGUACUCAUUCGGAGUUGUUCUGUUGGAGGUAUUAUGUGCUAGGCCACCUGUAAUUCCAGGAUUACCCCAAGAGCAAGCGAAUUUAGCUGAUUGGGCUAGAAUCUGCUAUAGAAGAGGUGCACUCGAUCGAAUAAUGGACCCGCACUUGAGAGGUGAUGCUGAUCCUGCCUGUUUGGAGAAAUUUGGAGUGGAGAAGAUUGCGGAGAGCUGUUGCGUGACAAUGGGCCACAAAGAAGCGGUGGAGUUAGCAUUGCAGCUUCAAGAGACGGCAGAGAAGAGUAGAAAUAGUAGUGUUGAGAGUGUGGGUGAAGAGCAGGAAAGUCCAUUGUUGUUGCGUCGGGAAGCUGUUGUAACUACCGAUGAUGAUGAUAUAUUUAGCGUUUCAGGCGAACAAAAGUAGGACUCCAAGAGCACAGUUAGUAGUGGUGAAGGGAGUGCUGCUAAACUUGAUCCUGAUGGAUUUAGUAAGUCUAAGUCUGUAUUUUCGGAAAUUAUGAAUCAAAUGGGAAGAAAAUUGUAG